GGGUGAUGCAAGCGCACAGCUGAUACUUUGAGUUGAUCUGUUGACAGCAGACGACAGCCAUAACUCGUCUGCUUACGGGACAAGAGGGAAUCAAUAUUUGGAUCCUACCAGGCCCAGAUUCAUCACAAGUGCAUAAUGAUCCUCCGAAUGAAGACUGGGGUCCUCACCCAUAUUCGCCGGACACACCUCAUUCGAAUCGAACCCAAAAGACGUUUCUGUCUUUCAACGAAUAAACAAGGAUUUCGUCUGCCAUCUGCGCCCAGAACCAGCGUGGUGUGCUCUGAUGUGACGCAUAGAGACUUGACGACGUCUCACAAGUCGCAGCCAUUCGAACACCGGAGUGACUUGCAGAAUGCCAAGAGGAUUGUCGUCAAGUUGGGCAGUGCUGUGAUUACCAGGAAUGAUGAGUGCGGACUGGCCUUGGGACGUCUCGCGUCUAUUGUUGAACAGGUGUCGGAGUUGCACAACCAAGGUAAAGAGAUGCUGAUGGUGACAAGCGGAGCGGUGGCAUUUGGGAAGCAAAAACUGCACCAAGAGAUCAUGAUGUCAAUGAGUAUGAGGCAAACUCUCAAUAUCAGAGAGUCGGCUAACAGGAAUGGUUCCAUGUUUGACGCCCGAGCUUGCGCCGCAAGUGGGAUGAGUGGACUGAUGGCACUCUAUGAACAGCUCUUCGGGCAGUAUGGGAUACAGACUGCACAGGUCUUGGUGAACAAGUCGGACUUCAGGGAUGAUCUGGUAAGACAGAACCUGAGCGGGACGUUAUCCGAAUUGCUCCGGUUUCGGAUAGUCCCCAUCCUCAAUACCAACGACGCUGUUGCUCCUCCACCGGCCAAGGAUUCUGAUUUGCAAGGUGUCAUCAGCAUACAGGACAACGACGCCCUUGCAGCCCGUCUAGCCUUUGAAGUCAAAGCAGAUCUACUUAUGUUGAUGACGGACGUCGAUGGGUUGUAUAGCAGUCCACCAGGGGAGGAAGGCUCCCGUCUUUUGCAUACAUACUCACCUCUGGAGGAGACCGGCAGUAUAGUCUACGGACAGAAGUCUCGAGUCGGAUUGGGAGGGAUGGACUCCAAGGUGACUGCUGCUACUUGGGCGCUCAAGAAUGGAACAUCAGUUGUAAUAUGUAACGGGGCGCCGUCCAAUACCAUCAUAGAUACUGUAGGAGGGAGAAAAAUCGGGACAUUUUUCACACCGACCCAGCAGACCGGGGCUCCCGUAGAAUUACAGGCCAUGCAAGCACGCGACGGUGGCCGUGUCCUCCAGUCGCUGACGGCGCAGCAAAGAGCAGACAUCAUCUACAGGCUCGCUGACCUGCUCCUCGAAAGGCAGACCGAGAUCAUGAACGCCAAUGAGAAAGACUUGGAAGCUGCCAGAAAGGAAGGUGUCUCCGGACCACUUUUGUCCCGUCUGUCCCUGAACGCAGCCAAACUUCACAACCUGGCCACUGGACUCCGCCAGAUAGCGGACAGUUCUCACCAAAACAUUGGCCGGGUGGUGCGGAGGACCCAGAUAGCUGAUGGAAUGGAGCUGCGACAGGUCACAGUCCCUCUGGGGGUUGUCCUCGUCAUAUUCGAAUCAAGACCAGAUUGUCUGCCCCAGGUUGCUGCCUUGGCGAUCAGUAGCGGUAACGGUCUCCUGUUGAAGGGAGGCAAAGAAGCCUACUACAGCAAUCGUAUGCUACACCAGAUCGUCCAAGACGCGCUGUCUACUCAUGUGACGAGGGACACUAUUGCUCUGGUGAGCAGCCGCGAGGACAUCCACGAUCUAAUGCAGAUGAACGAGUACAUUGACCUGGUCAUCCCGCGCGGCUCCACCUCUCUAGUGCAGCAGAUACAGAAGGAAAGUCAGGGGAUACCGGUCCUCGGCCACAGCGAAGGCAUUUGUCAUGUCUUUGUAGACAAGGAUGCUGAUAUUGAAAUGGCGAUGAAGAUUGUUCGCGACGCCAAGUGUGACUACCCGGCUGCGUGUAAUGCUUUAGAAACUCUGCUCAUCCACGAAGACCUGCUUAGGACGGAUUUCUUUGAUGCUGUAUGUGACGUCUUCCAAAAAGAAGGGGUGAAGAUCCACGCUGGUCCAAGACUGUCCAAUGUGCUAAAGUUCCCGCCGCCAGUGGCCAAACGAAUGAAGUACGAGUAUGGUGGGUUAGAAUGCGCCGUGGAGGUUGUUAGGAAUGUUGACGAUGCCGUGGACCACAUUCACAAAUACGGCAGCUCACACACUGACGUCAUUGUUACGAAAAAUGACACAGUUGCGGAGCGAUUUCUCCAAGCUGUGGACAGUGCAUGUGUCUUCCAUAACGCCAGCACAAGAUUUGCAGAUGGAUACAGAUUUGGAUUGGGUGCAGAGGUUGGUAUCAGCACCGGACGGAUCCAUGCCCGGGGUCCAGUUGGCGUGGAAGGUCUGCUGACGACCAAAUGGACCAUGAGAGGCAGCGGCCAAGCUGCCAGCGACUUCAGCGAAACAGGUGGUUUGGCGUAUUUACAUCAGAAACUCCCAAUUGAUGGCGGGGGUGAGUCAACGUCCGAGAGUGAUGGGGAGCAUCCAGUCAGGAAAGGAGGAACGAUGUGACCAUUAUGAGGCAGCCACUCCUGAAU